AUGGUUCGCGUCACCGACGACCUGGCGCUCUCGCCCGAGAGCGUCACCCUCUACCAUGCCUCGGACUCGCUGCUUGGCCAGCUGCCCGUCCUCGUCUUCCACGGCCCCUCGACCACGGCAAACUACACGCUCAACAGCUCGCGCGUCCAGAUCCACGUCUUCUCCCCCGUUGGCUUCCAGUCCUUUCCGCGCAUCACAAUCUCCCCCAGCUCCGCCUUCUACGGCGUCGUCAACCACCUGCCCCGCGAGUUCCAGGGCGACGAGGUCUAUCGCGCCCUGGCCUUUGGCCUGUUCAAGUACUUUAGCGAGCUCCCCGAUGCGGUCAAGGCCCAUCUCAGGACCUGGUGCCCGGCACGGGGCAAGAGGCCCAGCAGCGCCCCGGAGCUCUUUGGCGAGCAGCAUGCCGCCGACUUGGUCAAGUCCAUGGUCAGGAGCGAGAGCACAGCCACUGUCAUUGCCGCCCUGCACGAGGCCCUGCAGACGCAACACCUGAGCAACGUCGAUCUCGAUCUUGUCCUGCCCCCCGGCGCCAUCGUCGCUCUCCAGCCGGCAGACCUCGAGGACGUGCCGGAUGAUGAGGACGACAUACUGGAUCCGACUCUGCGCCAGUAUGGCGGCUACACGCCGCUUGUCCGGCUCUUUGGCGAGCCCGUCUUCCUGCCCACGAGCAAGCUGAGACGUGCCCCGUCCAAGCCGACGGCCCUCAACCGGAGCAAGUCAUUCUCCAGAGACCAAAAAGUGGAGCUACGGAUGAAGCUGGCUGAGCUGGUCGACACGGAAGAACGUUACGUGGCGAAGCUGAGCGAGCUCGUUCACCAUGUCGCCGGCGAUUUCAGAGAGUCUGCAAAGAAGCGCCUGUCAGGCAGCCUGAGUCCGUCCGAGGAAGAGCUCGAGAGGCUCUUUCCCCCAUCCGCCGACGAGAUUCUUCGAGUCAACUCGGCCUUUCUCGACCAGCUCAAGGCCAUCAUGAACGAAACAGAAGAUGAGGCCUUCAAGGACAUGGAGUCGCUGACGUCGAACCUGGUCGUCCCAAAGGCAGGAGGGUCGAUUCGGGUAAAAGACUCAAGCGGCGCCCUAGCCAUGGCACGCCUGUUCCUUGACUGGUUCCCCAGGUUCACUGAAUGCUACCAAGACUACAUCAGGGCGAGCCAGCACUUCCCCUCGCUGCUCAACUCCUUUCUUGACCAACAGUCCAGCUUCAAGCAGCGGGUUAACCAGGCUGGCGAGCAGACCAUCCGAUCUAUUCUCAUCGAACCAGUGCAGCGGCUACCUCGCUACAGCCUCCUCAUUGACCAGAUAGUGAACUCUCUGCCCAUGGUCCACCCGGCCUUGCAGCCGAUGCUCAAGGCGAGGGACAUUAUCACAAACAUUUGUUCAAUGGACGACCCUCUGCCAGACAAGCCCCAUGUCGCCGGCCGACUCCGCAACAUGAUUGAAUCGUGGCCGGUCGACUUUGAGCCCCAAGGACGGCUCAUUCUGGCCGCCGACUUCAUCGAGAUGACCCCUCCCUUUGUAUCCUCUCCCGGCGAGCUCGAUACUGCGGGUGCGUUGUUGCUCUUCUCGGACUGCAUAGUCGUGUUGAAAAAGACGGGCACGUCCAUGUCUGGGCGGGACUUGCUGCGCGAGAUCGACAAGCCGUCUGCUGCCGAGCUCCUCAUCUCGAUGACCAACGCCGCUGGCGGGACCUCGUCGUACGAGUUUGCCUUUACUGGGUGGCACAGCCUCGCCGACGUGCGCUUCACCGAGUCGUCCAACGGCUCCACGGUGUGGAUGACGUCGACGCAGAGCAUGGAGGGCUGGGACGCAGGGGAACACAAGACGAGCAAAUGGCCGACGUCCCGCUGCUUCCUGCUGCAAGAGGCCUUUGAGGGCAAGGCCGCCAAGUGGACCGAGGACGUGGUCAAGGCCCGGGUCGAGGCUCGCUUCUCGGAGCGGGAGCGCGAGGACCCUUGCUGGUCGUUACGGUCAGUUCGCAUGCAGGAUAGCGACCUGGGACUGCAUGUGGCCGUCUUCCAAGAGGCAGCGCACGAGCUCGUCGAGGGCCGGCGCGAGCCCGCCCCCAUCAGAGUGGUUGUCGACCACGAGAAGGGCACCAAGGGGGCGCCCGUGGGACACUACGGAGUCGAGAUUGUGGUCAACGUGUCGAGCAAGAACAUGAAGCGCGUGUCGAUACUAACUGUUGGGCUGGGCGGGAAACAGUUCCAGGACGAUGUUGCGUUGGAAGACUUUCUGCCAACCAUGUCGCGUCGAGUCAUCCAACUGCUCAGUACACAAUUUGGCAUAGCAAAUGCGAACCUGACAGCCGCCAUGGUGUCUUAUUACGCCAGGAUCCUGCGGGGAUUGAGCUUGUCCAGCCGGGCGGAGAAGUCGAAGUCGUUUCUGCCCACGUCUCCAGUGAAGCUGAUUUCAAGCCUUUGGAGCAACUCCCAUCACAGUCUAUCGGAUGCGCCUGCGGGCGGCGCCAAACACCAGCGGCAACAGUCACUCCCCCCCAGCGACAGCCAUCACUCCAUGCACGGUUCACUCAAGGGCAGAGACGACCGCCCUCGGACGGCCGAGGACCGACCGGAGAACCCUCUGAUGCGACUGGAACAGACCUUUACGGGCUACAUUGCGGCGCUGCAGUGCCGAAAGGGUGCGAUUGUCGGUCGCACCGUGUUGAAUCGAUCGGGCGUCGACGAGCUUUCGGUCAACGACUUGUACAACAGGCUGAUUGAGAGCCCGUUCGACUUUGAGGCUGCCAACGAUCUCGGGACCGACGUCGUCUUUGUGGCCUUUGAGAACUUUCUGCGCAUAGCCUGGACCGGACAGAUGGGGCCCAUCAUGACGAUGCAAGCCCUCGACACCCUGCAGGAAAGGGCGAACAAGAAGGUGCCAGGAAACUUUGCCGACUUUGUCAACUAUCUGUUCCGGGAGAUGGCGCCGCAGAAUCGCCGGGCCUUCACGGCCGUCAUCAAACUGCUGGCGGACCUGCUGGACGGGUGUGGCAACGACAGCGACCGCGGCGCGCUCACCCUUGCUUUUGCGGAGCUGCUCGUCACCGACGGGACGGCGCCCAACUACAUCAACCUCCUCGAUCGCCUGGUGGAGGACUGCGACAGGAUCUUUGACGAUCCUGGCGCAAACGCCGGCCUCGUGAGGGGAGCCGGUCCAGAGUCGGCCAACUCCAUCGGGCGCCAUGGAAGGGCCCAGACGGGGUCGAUGACAUCCAACGCAUCGUCGCUACGUCGCAAGUUUGGCCUAGAUAUGCUCCUGAGACAGAAUCCAAAGGAGGAGAGGCCAUCUAUGUGGCGUAGCCUGAGCCGGCACCGGUACCCAGCGGCGGGUGAGUCCUCUAGCCUGUCCCGAGGGGUCACCGGGCGCACACGGUCCAGCGACGACUGCAACGUGGCCAAGAGAAUACACGGCCGCCCCAUGUCGCGGGAGCGGCCCCCGAUAGCGGGUGCCUUUGACGACGCGCCGCAGAGACCGGCCAGCUCGCACCGCCUCGACUUUCCCCUCGACACCAUCGGCGAGCCGUCUGGGGAGCGCACGGGAUCCAAGCCCGGACGGCGGAAGCGGCGGAGCUCCCUGUCGGAUCUCAACGACUUCAUGGCGGCUGCGACAAUCGAGGACGAGCCCCUACAGCCUCUGCAGGCGACGAAGCAGACGUCUGGCAAGGUCAACGCGAGCACGCCCGUCACGACGCCAAGGACGACGACGCCGUCGAGACUGCCCAUGAGCCCCAAUGCGGCUCAUUCGCUGCGGACGCCGCGGCAAAAGGAAAAUUGGGCGGAUCCGUUUAGCAGUAACCCCCUGAUUGUAGGACCGCCCUUGGUCCGACCCGAUUCGCCGUCGAAGCACGACUCCCCCGCAAAGCUCUCGUUUCCCGGCAGGCCGCAAGAGACGCUGGCGAAGCGCCGAGGGCAUUCCAAGACACUCUCAUCCUCCAGCAUUCCGAUGCUCAAGGCGAUGAGACCGGCAACUGCGGGAGCCGAUUGGUCGAGCCGGCCAGCCAGCCCUACGAGAUCGGGCGCGCAGAAGCUGCGACUGCAAUCGCCGCAGAGGAUCAGAGAGCGUCUCCACACAGACAGGAAGGCGGUGCACGAGAUUGACGUUUCGCUGCAAUCGGAGCUAUCCAGGAUCGGGGCCGACCUGGCUCGCGUAAACAGCGCCGAUGCGGAGGCUGGGUCUGAGCCCGUCGACGUGCGACAGCUCGCCGCGUCGGUCAAGGCGCUCGAAAGCAGCGUGCCGGCGGUGAUGCGCGACCUGGUGGAUCGGCAGGCGACCCUGCACAAGGAAAUGGACACGAUCCUCAAGACGUCCGAGGCCAAGAUCCGCGCCAUCGACCAGCUGCACAAGGAGGCCGUGGCGGAGAACGAGCUGCUGUACGAGAAGUUUAACAGCGAGCUCGGCAAAAUUGUCAAGGCGGUGCGGGGCCGGGGCAAGGACGACAAGGAGGAGCUGGUGACGAAGCUCAAGGAGCAGGGGGAGGAGAUGGCGCGGCUCAAGAAGGAGAACACGCGGCUCAAGCGGGACACUGUGAGCCUGCGGGCGGCGCUGAAGGGGAUAGAGUGA